AUGGCCUGGAACUGGUUUGAUGCCAUACUUGUGCUAUUCUCCAUCAUUGAGAACUUAUUGCUCGCAACACACAACACUGCAUCUUCGGUCAACCUGGGCUUUUUGAGACUGGUCCGCCUGUGCAAGAUCGUCAAGAUCUUGCGGGUCUUCCGUACAUUGAGAUUCUUCAGUGAACUUAGAUUGAUGUUGGAUUGUGUAGUUGGAUCUUUGAUGAAUGUAUUUUGGUGCGUGAUCAUGCUUCUCUUUGUGAUAUACGUCUUUGCCCUGCUACUCCAACAAGGGGUGGUUCAAUAUCUGGCAGAGCACAAGGCUUCUUUGAGCGCAAAAGGUCUGGAUGAUCUCAUGACCUAUUUCGGUUCCGUUGGGGUGACCAUCGUGACCCUGUUUCAAUCCUGCACCUCUGGUGUAGACUGGAACGAACCAUAUUCCAGCUUGUUUCAUACGCGCGACGCGACCGGCGACCUUCUGCCCGUUGCUUUCCUGCUCUUUGUGGCUUUCGUUCACAUUUCAGUUUGGAAUAUUAUGACGAGUACUUUUGUGGAAAAGGCACUGAAACUGGCCCAGCCCGACAUCGAUAUGCUCAUUCUUGAACAGCAGCUUCAAGAUUUUGAAGACUGCCGGAUGCUAACGGAACUCUUCAAGAAGAGGCUAAUGAUUGACCAGGAGGGUCAUGAACGUUUGGGCCUGGAAGAGUUCCGAAAGAUCGUUGAGACCUAUGAAUUCAGGUCUUAUCUGCAAACCAGAGGUAUUGACAUCAAGAAUGCCGAGACGUUUUUCCAGAUGCUGGUCGAGUUGCAAGGGGAAUCCACCAUCGAUGCCAACACCUUUGCAAAUGCAUGUGUUCGCAUGAAGGGUGCAGCCACAAGCAUUGACCUACAGACAGUGAUGUUCACUACACAUUUGAUGAAUCAGGAACAGCGGCGAGCUUUCCAGAACCUCUAUGCUCGUCUCUUAAAGAUUGAGUCUGUACUACUCCAGGAGGAUUACCUGCUGGGGAACUAUGAUGACUAUCCUGCAGAUGAGGAUUCUGAACAUGAGGCGAAGGCAUAG